CUGAUGUUUGGUAACACCCCAUUGUUGAAUAUGGUUCCCUACCAGACCUUGCGGGGAGGCCUAUCAAGCGGUUGCUACCCUGUCCUUUGUUUAAGAGGCCGUCCGCAUCCCGCUCGAACCUUCUCUGGGCGUCUUCUCCUUCCUAUUCGUCUCCACUUACUAGUUCCCGUUCACUAUCUGCAAAGGCAAGAGCCUCUAGGUCUUCUAUUGAUCCACUCGGUCUUCUUCAUCUUAUCCCAAGCCUUUCAUUGCUCAGCUACCGCCGGCCUUUGACGAACCUCUCUUAACCACCCUCACCCCCUCAACUAAUCUAUCUCAAACUCAGCAAGUAUCCCUUAGCGAAACGUGGUACACAACUCAUACGACGCAUGUACGAUUCGAUCCGGAAAACUAGGACUGGCCGGUACGAGUUCGUGAGGGGCCAUCGCCAUCAUCAUCGCCAUCACAAGUGCUUCGAUGAAUGCGCUGGUGUAUCGAUCUACGACUGGGAUGAACUUGUCCGCCAGUACAACGUCCUCUACGAUACCAACGCUGUCCUCACGAACGAGAGAGAUACCCUGAAAACCGAACUUCAGGGUUUUCGCGCUGGAUACGACACCAACUUGACUACUCUCAGACAAGAGAUUUACAACUUGCGCAUCGGCAAUCAACGUUUUAUUGACGAGAACCGUCGUCUAGCCGACGAGAACCACCACCUCAAGGACGAGGAAGGGCACAAUGAACAGUUCAAACGGCGCAUCAAGGACAUGAAGCGGCAACUCGACGAGGAGAAGCACGCAAAGCACGAACUGCGAGCUGAACUACGAGAUUCGAAACGCACUCAAACUCGUUGGGAAGGGCUGACUGAAACACUGCGAACCAAGCUAGCCGAAGCGCGUGAAGACUUAGGGAUGAAGAACGACAUUGUCGUGGCACAAAACCAAACCAUUAUCAAACUGGAACGUUUAUUGAGGUCCGGGAGAGAUUGGUGAAGGAUUUCGAGGCAACAUGGGCUUUACGUUCUUUCUCGGAUGGCGGCAUGCUGUAUGAUUCCAUGUAAACGAGGACUUUUCUUGUUGUUUGGAUAGACUGUGGUGGGCAAACAUCAAGAUUGUCAUUUUCGUUGGACACUUGACCAUUUUUUGAUGCAUUUAUGUUGACUGUACGCGUUUUGGAUUACGAUGGCAUUGGCAAGGGAGUUAAGGGAUACGAAUGUUGAUUAUUUAUUCAUGACGAAAUCCAGCAAUGGUCACCACAGGAGUUUACUCAUUGCCUCACUAUCAUUUGUACCAUAUAUAUCUCAUAUGUAC